CAGCAUUGCCAGUGCGGGCAGCAUCUUCUCCCAGCCUGGGUACAGUAACUGCUGCACGCGACAUAUCCUUCGGAUCUGGACAGGAGAUUCGGGUUUGCUCCAUCAAUGCGAUCCGAGCCCGAGUGAGAGCGCACCAUCCACCUGGAUAAGCGGCAUCAGCAUCAGCAUCAGCAUCAGUGCAGGGAGAACACGGGCGCAAGCAUCUCCACGAGAAUAUGAUGCUCCAACAGCACUUGCUUUUUGUGCUCUACAGCUUCUGUGGGAUUGUCAUUAAAGAGGCGGCAACGAAAAACAAAGUGAAAGGUAGCCAGGCUCAGUUCCCCAUCACCCAGAAUGUGACGGUAGUCGAGGGCAGCACGGCUAACAUGACCUGCAGAGUGGAUUAUAAUGAUAACACCUCCCUCCAGUGGUCAAAUCCAGCACAACAGACCCUCUUCUUUGGGGACAAGAAAGCAUUAAGGGACAACCGGAUUGAGCUGGUUCGAGCCUCUUGGAAGGAGUUGACCAUCAGCAUCAGUGACAUUACUCUGUCAGAUGAAGGACAGUAUACAUGCUCACUCUUCACCAUGCCUGUCAAGACAUCCAAGGCCUUCCUGAUUGUGUUAGGUGUUCCAGCGAAACCAGAAAUCACAGGCCUCUCGAGACCUGCCCAGGAGGGGGAGGACGUCACACUGACAUGCACCACAUCUGGCAGCAAACCGGCUGCUGACAUCCGAUGGUUCAGAAACGACAAGGAGGUGCAAGGUCAGAAGGAAGUAAAUGCCAUUGGUAGGUCAUUCACAGUCAGGAGCACCAUACACCUCAAGGUGGACAGGACAGAUGAUGGAGCAGCAUACACCUGUGUCGUGGAGCACUUAGCUCUGGGCUCCUUGCCACACCAGGUUACAGAAGUACUGGAGGUCCACUAUCCUCCUCGGGUAGAGAUUGUGCGCUCAGUAAUAGUACCUCAGGAAGGACAAUACUUCAGAAUGGAAUGUGUAUCCAAAGGCAACCCACUACCUGAGCCAGUUUUAUGGACAAAAGAUGGAGGAGAGCUUCCUGAUGUUGAACGAAUGAUUGUGGAGGGUAGAGAUCUAAUCAUAACCACACUGAACAAAACAGACAACGGCACAUAUCGCUGUGAGGCCAGCAACAACCUCGGCACCAACAGGGAUGAGUUUACACUGUAUGUGUAUGAUCCCAACGCGCUGACGCAGCCCGGCCCCGACCACGCACUCAUCGGCGGAGUGGUGGCUGUGGUGGUCUUCAUCACCCUGUGCUUCAUCAUCGUCCUGGGCCGAUAUCUGGCCAGGCACAAAGGGACAUACUUAACCAAUGAGGCCAAAGGAGCGGAGGACGCCCCUGACGCAGACACUGCCAUCAUCAAUGCGGAGGGGAACCACGCACAUGCAGAGGAAAAGAAAGAAUAUUACCAGGGAGCGGCAAGAAAUGUGGUUCAUCUCAAGUCGGAAAACCUUGGCUUUGCCAAUAAUUACGCUUUAAGACAAGAAUAUGUGAGAUGUAUAAUGUAAAUAUCAUGUACUGUCUUUGUUUAUGUGUGCGUGUCUGUUGUUUUCCAUUGUAAAAGUGGGUGUGUUUUUUUUAAGUAUGCCCUGUAAUAAAGAAUGUUCCCAAGAGAUACAGACAAUUAUGUAAUGUACGGACACCCGAAACAAGCCGGAAGAUUGAAAGUGGCAGGAACUCGAUGAAGCACAAAUGAGAAUUGGUGUGUAACCAUUAGAAGCGAGAUUAUUUUCUAUUUCCAUCAUACCUGUCUGUAUAUUCUUGCACUGUUAAUAUCCCUCCCCCCACCCAGCUCCGAGCGUUUAUUUCAAACCUGAAAAUGUAUCAAACGUAAGCACAAAGUCAUUGUAAAAUGUCAUUGGUUUAGACAGUCUCAGGAUGAAAAGAAGAGCCUAAUUGAAUUUGUCUUUUAUCACUCGAGUGAAUGAAUUUUUGUUCUCGCUUUGUGAAUUGAUCUAAGCGGCCAUUUGUUCGACGUUUGAAUGGAAGUUCAGCAUUGUUUCAUUUCGAUUUGCUGACUGACCAUUGUUAAUAUUGCUGUAUAUUACUUUGCUUAAGUGAUUAUUGGUGGAAUAUUGUUCAACUAUAGGAUCCCGUAUAUAUAUAUAUAUAUAUAUAUGAGAAA